CACCCAUGCACGGCGCGGAGGAGCCGGCGGCGGGGCCGCGGGUGAAAGCGGCGAGCACGCAGACCGACAGCAUGGCCGGUCAAAUGCCAAGACUUUCCAAGGUCAAUCUUUUUACUUUAUUAAGUCUCUGGAUGGAGCUCUUUCCCUCGGCUGAGCAGCAGAAAAAAUCCCAGGUGAAGAAGAGUGGUCUAGUUGUGGUGAAAAAUAUGAAGAUUAUUGGUCUUCAUUGCUCCAGUACAGACUUGCAUGCUGGCCAGAUUGCACUCAUUAAACAUGGAUCAAGACUUAAAAACUGUGAUCUUUAUUUUUCCAGAAAACCAUGUUCAACUUGUUUAAAAAUGAUUGUAAAUGCUGGGGUGAACAGGAUUUCUUACUGGCCUGCAGAUCCUGAAAUCAGCUUGCAAAACGAGGUAUCCAAUCCAACAAGCACUGAGGAUGCAAAGCUGGAUGCCAAAGCAGUGGAAAGACUGAAGUCAAACAGUCGUGCUCGUGUGUGUGUGUUGCUUCAGCCUUUGGUGUGUUACAUGGUGCAGUUUAUUGAAGAAACUUCCACCAAGUUUGAUUUUAUUCAGAAAAUAGCAAAAUUACAGCCUGACUGUAACAUUGACUUUUAUACUGCAUGUAGGCAAGAGAAAAUAAAAGAGUAUGAAAGUUUAUUUCUAAUUUCGAAUGAAGAAAUGCACAAGCAAAUAUUGAUGACAAUAGGACUGGAGAACCUCUGUGAAAACCCAUACUUCAGCAACCUUAGGCAGAAUAUGAAAGAUCUUGUCUUGGUCUUGGCAUCAGUGGCCGCCAGUGUCCCUGUGUUUGGGUGCUUUGGAUUUUACAAGAGUGGAUCCCAACAAACAAACGAAGCAGACGAUCAGUGUUUGCCCCAGGACGUGGCAAGGCACUGUAUGAUACAAGCCAGGCUACUUGCAUAUCGGACAGAGGAUCAUAAAACGGGAGUUGGAGCUAUUAUUUGGGCAGAGGAAAAAUCAAGAGGCUGUGAUGGAACAGGAGCAAUGUAUUUUGUAGGCUGUGGUUACAAUGCCUUUCCUGUUGGAUCUGAAUAUGCUGAUUUUCCACACAUGGAUGAUAAGCAAAAAGAUCGGGAAAUCAGAAAGUUCAGAUACAUUAUCCAUGCGGAGCAGAACGCCCUGACAUUCAGGUGUCGAGAAAUAAAGCCAGAUGAGAGAAGCAUGAUAUUUGUAACAAAAUGUCCAUGUGAUGAAUGUGUCCCUUUAAUUAAAGGAGCUGGUAUCAAGCAGAUCUAUGCAGGAGAUGUUGAUGCUGGAAAAAAGAAAGCAGACAUAUCCUAUAUGAAGUUUGGUGAACUUGAGGGUGUAAGCAAAUUCACAUGGCAGCUAAGUCCAUUGCACACUAAUGCAUUUGAAUUCCAUGACCCUACAGCCAGGGAAAAUGGGGUCCAGAAAACAAAAUCGCUGGAUGACCAGCAGCACCAGAGCAAGAAACUGUGUCUUGGUCAUUACUGAAUAACUAAGCACUUCCUGCAGUCUUGCUUUGUACUUUUUAUAAUACAGCCUGUUUGCACUUUCAAAUAAGGAAGAGUUUUAUUUAUUGUUUGGAAAAUGAAUUUUAGAAUAAGUUUAUUUAUGAUGUCUUUAAUGGUUUACAGCAUUGCCUGAAGGUCCUUUUAAUUUAGAAGCUCCUGGAGAAAAAAUGCUGCUUGUAUUUUCUGUGAAAGUAACUGGGUGGCUGAUCAUUUUUAACACAUUAAAAAAAUAUACUCAAAGUUCAUUGGUGGUAGAUCAGAGUUAUAAUAAAGUGGUGUCUUAUUUGCUUGGGGUAUGGAUUGAGGGAAUGGAUUUAUAAGUUCUGGGCUAGCAAAUGGCAGAAAUAAAUCGUAGUUCCUCAAAUACAAUCAUCAAGGGAAUCUUCUAGGAAAUAGUAAGUAAAUAAUCACCAGCAACUAUCUCUGUUCUUGAAUGUGGCUUUUGCUUCUCAGUCUGCUUCUCAGUAUAAAGGACAUGAAACCAUUGGGAUGGCAGUGAUUGCUAGCUAAAUGAUUUGGAGACCAGUCUUGUCUCACAUACACACUUCCUACUGUAGCAGCAGAGCUGUUUCAUUUUGUGGUACUUGCCUUGCUGCUCUGUGUGCUUCCUCACAUGCAGUCCAUAUGAAUUAAUGAAGACAAAGAUUAGCUUUGCUUUCUCUCAGCUUCUGGAGGCAGGCAUAAAAGUGUUAGG